GUAGCAUUAAGGAUUGACACACACAUAAAAAGGAAAGGAGGGAAGGAAGGGAAAGGAUCAAAGGUGCCAUCAAGGGAAGUAGUAGUAGGGCAGGCUUCCCACCAACUUUUGCAAUUAAUGACAUUUUGGAGAAAGAAAGGAGAUGAAAACCACUGACAGUGACCACAUCAUAACCUCCCAAUCCCAUUAAUCUGCUCCUUGCCCUCUCCCAUCCGAUACCCACCAUUAUUAUUCCUUCUUCUCCCUUCUCCCAUGCUCUCAGAAUUUAACUCACCUCUCUAGCAAGUUAAAAAGGGGAGAAAAGAGCAAGCUUUGCCUUUAUCCUCUCUUUCUGCUUUUGGGUAACGGCUGAGUCAUUCCUUUGCUUUGGGGUUAGCUUUGGUUUGCUGCUGGGUGGUUACAAAGAUCGAAGCUUUUUUUGCCUUUCUGGGUUUGAAUUUGUAUGGAAAUGGAGGAGAAGCUCUUGAAUGAGAUGAAGGGUGAUGUGGGUACUAGCCGAUCCGCUGCUGCUGCUGCUGCUUCUCCUAGUACUCCUGUCCAUCAGACUGAAGACUCGAGUGGGAUUGUGGAAGAAGGCAACAAUCAUGGAAACUGGAAGAAGAGAAAUCUAUUUCUAGAGAUACCUUCAAGAACAAUGGAACCAACAACUCCACAAGGAGAUAGUGUAGUGAUUAAGAUGCCACCAACACCUAGCCAAACUCCCAGGAAGGUCAAUUUCAAUUUGACCCCUAGUUCUGCUGAUACAAGAGCAGCCACCACUAGUGCAUCCCCAGCUCCCACUCCAUCCAGGGGGAGGUCUUCUCUGAAGAGCCUGCUGCCUAAACUUAGCUUCAAGUCUCGAAUUGCCAUGUUGAAUGCUGCUGAUAAGCCGCCGGUCCAUAAUCUUCCACCGGAAGCUGCGACUCCACAGCAAGAAAAGCCCUCCAUCCCAAGGUCACUGUCACUCACAAAGCUUUUCACUCCUAGGAUGAAGAGGACAUCGUCACUCCCAGUCACACCAAUUGCACAUUCUCAGCCGCAUUGUGAAAGUGUCAGUGGCCCUCUCUAUCCAAGUAGAGAAGCUCCACUUAGAAAGAUUGCUCGAUCACUCUCGGUCCCUGUCAUCAACAAAGAAGGAAGCAUACGGAGAGUGGAUUCGUUCUUUCGUGUGAUCCCUUCUACUCCUAGAGUGAAAGAAUCAGGAGAGAUACUAGCAGCUCAUGCAUCUUCCCCAAGUGUUUCUGCUGAAACCAUUGAUGAUGAUGGAGAAGAUAUACCUGAAGAAGAAGCUGUUUGUAGAAUUUGUCUGGUGGAACUCUGUGAAGGAGGGGAGACACUCAAGAUGGAAUGCAGUUGCAAAGGUGAAAUGGCUUUGGCACACCAAGAAUGUGCAGUCAAAUGGUUUAGCAUUAAGGGGAACAAGACUUGUGAAGUGUGCAAGCAAGAAGUCCUGAAUUUGCCUGUUACCUUGUUACGAAUACAAAGUGUACAUAAUGGUAUCGCUGGAUUAGGUAGAGGUCAACUAGGCGAUCCCAAUGGUUACAGGCAAUUGUACCACAACAGGGUUUGGCAAGAAGUACCAGUGCUGGUCAUUGUUAGCAUGCUAGCCUACUUUUGUUUCCUGGAGCAGCUUCUGGUGGGGAAUAUGGGAACUGGUGCAAUUGCUCUAUCCCUUCCAUUUUCUUGUGUGUUGGGUCUCCUAUCGUCCAUGAUCUCUUCAACAAUGGUGAAGAGACAAUUCGUUUGGGUUUAUGCGUCAAUACAAUUUGCUUUGGUUGUUAUCUUUGCUCACAUUUUUUACUCAUUGGUUGGAGUGCAAGCUGUUCUGUCAAUCCUGCUGGCAACAUUUGCUGGGUUUGGAGUGUCUAUGAGUGGAAGUUCGAUCAUAAUCGAGUUCAUGAGGUGGAGAAGAAGAUGGCGACGGAAUGGAGGAUCAGAACAACAGCUUGGAAACAAUCUGAUGGCAGGAAGAGUUCCAAGACCCGUGAAUUCAUCUGCACUAGGCCCUCCUGCAGCUGCUACUACUGCUGCUGCUGGUGUUGAUGCAGGGGAAGGAAACCGCCAUACAAUAAAUGAUGUAGAAAACCCAUAAACCUUUAAGUCUGGUGGUGGGAAAAGAGGUUAAAGGAAGAGCUUGUGAGUGUGUUAUAUGAGAAGAUAGGAGCAAGUUUCUCCCUUUUCCCCCUCUCUUUUUGGCAAUAUAGAGUGAUUAGAUUAUUGCAGCUCCAAAGGUGGCAUUUUGGUAUGAUGGAGGAAAGGAAGAAUGAUGUUUGUUGUGAAGUGGGAAGAGUGGAUAGUUGAGUGUCCACCUUUCAAUGUGAGUAGUAAUUAUUACAUUUGGAUUGAAGUUGAAACUUGUGCCUUCCAAUAUGUGAUGUUGCUGCAAAUACAAAAGAAAGAAUGGCACAUUUGCCCAUUUCUUCUGUUGCUCA